UAGGGAGGUCAGUCACUUUUUGGCUGUGGGCACUGGCAUAUGGGCUACGUGUUCAGCUGGUUUGUUAGUAUUGAAAGGCCGUAGAGGGUGGAGGGUGCUGAUGCCCCAGGAUUUUUGUAAAAGGGGUGUUUACUGUUAGUUUUGUGGUCGUCUGUUUGUUGUGGCAGUGUGGGCGAGGAGUUAUCUCGUGAUUCGCACGUCGCUUUAAGCCAGAAACACGAUGUGGGUCGAGGACUCCCAGAAGGACAGGGAUGGAGUCAAGGUUAAGGUGAAACUGAAGCCGCGGCCGAAGGAAUCGGACAAGGCAGCCGAGGAGACAGACAGCAGCAGCAGCAAAGCAGGCAGGGAGACGUCACGUCUUCGCGACAGCCCUCUGAGGCCCAUCCUCUCGUGGCGAAGCGAAAUCAGGACGCCAGGACAGGGGUCGGAGGCGGCGACGAAGGAGGUCCCCGACACCGUGAAGGACCUCAUCAACCGUGUCAAGUACGACACCUCAGCCAGCGAGCUCCUACGGCGUAUCAAGGCCGAGAACAAGGCCCCUUACAACCCCGAGGCGAACCUCAGGAAGUCGUCUCACAGGGACGACGGCGAGUACGGGAGGUACGACUCCAGGGGGGGGAGGUACGACCGCGGGGGCAGCAGGUACGACUCGUCUUACCGGAACUGGUACGAUAACGACGAUCCAUACCGUCGCUCCUAUGACACCGACGACAGGAAGGGUGGCAGAUAUGACGACGGCAGGUCAUACAGUAGAUACGAUGUGGAUGAAAGGCCAUAUUCAAGCAGGUAUGACGCCGAUGACAAGCCUUAUCGCAGCCGAUAUGACACUGACGAUAAACCAUAUCGUAGUAAGUAUGACACCGAUGAUAAACCAUAUCGCAGCAGAUAUGACACCGACGAUAAACCAUAUCGUAGUAAGUAUGACACCGACGAUAAACCAUAUCGCAGCAGAUAUGACACUGAAGAUAAACCAUAUCGUAGUAGAUAUGACACCAACGAUAAACCAUAUCGUAGUAGAUAUGACACCGACGAUAAACCAUCUCGCAGCAAGUAUGACACUGAAGACAAACCAUAUCGUAGUAGAUAUGACGCCGACGAUAAACCAUCUCGCAGCAAGUAUGACACUGAAGACAAACCAUAUCGUAGUAGAUAUGACGCCGACGAUAAACCAUCUCGCAGCAAGUAUGACACUGAAGACAAACCAUAUCGGAGUAAAUACGACACAGAAGAUAAACCAUACCGUAGUAAGUAUGACAUCGAAGAUAAGCCAUACCGCAGCAAAUACGACUCAAAGGAUAAACCGUAUACCAGUAAAUAUGACACCGAGGAUAAACCAUACAGGAGAAAAUAUAAAACGGAUGAACUUUCAGACGAGAAGAAAGAUGGCGGCGAGGUUUCGUCCCCGUCCAAGACCGGCGAUACAAAAGAGGCACCACCCGAGGGAGGCGAAGGGAGUGAUAGGUCAGGUCAGGUCAAAUCAGACUCUGCGCAAGUCGAGGCAGAAGAAGGGCAGGCUACGAAAGACAUUGCAGCCGAGGGUUCUGAGGCUCCACCUGAUGGAAGUUUAAACGACGAAGGAGCUGUCGAAAAGACUGCAGGAUCAGACCCCGAUGGACAGACGUCAGGAGAACAAAGCAAAAAGGGGGAUGAGUUAACAGGCAAAGAGUCCCACGGUCUUGAUUCAGAGGAGCAACAUUUACCAGGGAAUGAGGUGCCGGAACGUGGGCCUGACGAGCAAAGUCCAGAAGGCCAAGACAUAUCAGGGGACCACCUGACUUCACGGGACGAAAACAUAUCUGCGAAUGAAAUAGCAGGGUCAGAUUCUGAUGGACACGUUCUACAGGAUAAAAAUGCAUCCGGAAUUGAGUCUGGCGCUGACUGUCAGAGUUCACAGGAUCAGAUUAUGCCAGGAAGUGAACAUGGUGACAAUGCAGUGUCUAUGGAUCCGUCAGUGACCACAGCCGAUGAUAAUGCAAGUUACAGCACAAACGCUGCUGACAACACAAACAUGACUGGAGCGACCACACUGACCAGUGUCAGCGAUACAGGGUACACAUCAACCGAGGCCGAUGUACUAGCUGACUUGCCCUCGAUGUCAACAGUUAAUAUGACAAAUGAUUACUCCAUGUUGACUGACAGUGAAACAGUGACAAGAGACCAAAAGCUGACAAAUGGUGACACUGCAAAAGAUGUACCAGACUUAACCAAAGAUACCACGGGAUGUAUGCCUGAGCUAACCAAAGAUGACACUAUUAGAGAUGUCUCUGAACUCCCGAGGGAUGAUACCACGAGAGCGGUACCACAGCUCACAAAAGAUGAUACUAUGCGAGAUGUUCCAGAGCUGGUGAGUGAUGCCGCAACAGAGAUAAAAGAGGAAAGUGAAAUAAAAGAGGAAUUGCAAGCAAGAAAUCAAGAUAAUGAGGAGGCAGAGAUUCCAAUAGGAAACGCCAAGAAUGUAGAAAUAACUGUUCUUACAAAUGGCCAAGAGAAGACACAAAAUUCUGCGAAGUCAGUGAUACAAAAUGAUGCAGCUGCUAAGCCUAUGAACAGCGUAGCGCCCAGGAACAUUGAAAUAACCCUACUAACGAAUGAUACAGAGAGCAGUCCGAAAAGAAGUGGAUUACAAACAGAAAACACGGCAACAAUUUUAACUGAAAAGGGCCGAUCAUCUUCACCAUCACAAAUGAAUGGCAAAGACGUCCCAUUUCUCACAAAAGUAAAAUCCUUCAAAGACGUACCGAUAGUGGUUGAAGGGAAAACCGUCAAAGAUAUAAAAAUAGUGGUAGAAGGAGAUGACGUACCGAGAAUGACAGAUAACAAAGUUAUUAAGGAUAUUCCCAUUACGAUAGAGGGGGAGGAAGAGCCAAUAGUGCGGGCAUGCAGUGCUGCAAGAGAUGUUCCGAUAACAAUAGAAGAAAAAGAUCCCCAACACCUGCAAAGUAUGGCAGAAAGCCAUUUUAGAGAUGUGCCAUUGGUGAUAGAAGGUGAUGUCAAGAGAGAUGUACCUAUUACAAUAGAGAGUGUAAAGGAUGUGUCAGCUGCGGCAGAGGCUAAUAAAAAUGAUCUGGAAGAAGCAGUAGGCAUUAAAGGAAAUGUAUCAGAAGUGACAGUUAAUACCGAGGGAGAAGUUCGAACUCAGGUAGAAACUGAGACUGAAGGGGACUCUCAGAGAGUGAAAGAAGAUGUAACCGAAAGAAGGGUACCAAUAAUAGUUGAAGCUGAUGGUAUCACUUUGGAAAGAAACGAAGAACAGGCUUUAGAAGAUAAUUCAAACCUUGUACAAGAUUCCAACGGAGAUGUGUCAGCGCUGUGUGUGUCAAAGGGACGCGUGAAGGUGCGAUAAUGAAUGUUUCCUCGAGUACUCACCCACAGUAACAUCACAGACUGAAGGCCGCUCUCACCCACUUCGCUCUCCGCUCAGUGUUCACGUAACUUGUUUGGUAAUAAUUUGACUUUACUACAUAUUAGGCGGCUUCCUUGUGCGAAACACACUAAUCUUCAAGAGGUUUUGGAGAGGUUGCAAAGUAUCACAUUUACCAUCACUUCUUGGACAACUGCAUUCCAACUGUAAACUUCUUCCUGACACACAAAUUAAGAUAGCACCUCGUCGAUACGUGACGUACGUUGUAAAAGACUCCUCUGUUUUUUGUGCAUGAUACUCGUAGUUGUCCUGAGUCUCUGGAAGUACUCUUUCCCCUUCUGAGCAUGGUUCUUGGCUUUAAGGAGUCCCAACAUAUUCAGUAACAACGUGUAGGACUCUGUACGUGACUCUCUGCGUUUUGUAGUAUACUGAGCAUGCGUGUUUUCAACUCUGUAGGAAUCUGAGCAUGGUUCAUAGGUAUAAGAACUUUUAAGCAUGGUCUCUGAAGACUUUUUGG